AUGGUUUUGGUAUUUUCCACCGGUGGCACCGCGGGAGCUGCCGUGUUGGCUGUUGCUGAGAAGGCCGCUGCUGCCUCUGCUGCCCUCAUUUCUGAGGGUGCUCUCGCUGCUGGUAGUGUGGCCAGCGGCACCGCUGCCGAGGCUGCACUUACUACAGCUAUUGCUGCCGAAAACGCUGUGAUUGCUUUAACGGGGAUGACUGUUCCCAACAUGUGGAAUCCAGUGGGAUGGGCUAUUGGAGGCGUCCUUGUUGGUGCCAGUCAAGGUACAUCACAGGCUGUGACCUGGGGCUGCUAUAAGCCUAUUAUUGGCGAGGUUGAUACCAAAGAAACAUCGAUCAAGCCAAUAACGCUCGCAAACCUAGUAGCGAAUCCAGAGGUUCGACGAGUGUUUGUCUGUGCGAACGCUACAUCCGCCAAUCUUCCCGACGUUGAGAUCGAAAACAGGGCCGGACAAUGCUACUUACUACGGGGCGUUGUUUUACCGUGGGGUUUCACUGCAUAUCAUGCAGAGCGCAUCAAUAAAUCGAUCUACACUAUCCCUUCAUAG